AUGUCCACAGAAGUGUUACCAUAUACCGAUCCGUUACUGGAGUUGUUAAAAGACCCCAAUCUAAACAAAGAGAAAGAGAAAACACAAGAGUUGGUUGAAUACAUUGAAGAAAUAAAAGACUCGAGCUUAAAAUCAUGGUGUAUAGAAUCUUUCGAGAUUCUUCGAGACUUGGAGAAGAUUGAGGUUAAACUCAACAAUUGGGAGUUUCAGACGUUGGAUUUCAAUAUAUCGGUGGAUUCUAUCAUGAUGAACGAAAAGGACGUCAAAAGAAGAAAGUUUAAUUUAGAGCUGGCUAAGCGUGUAUCAAAGCAUUGCUUGGAUUUGCAUAAUCUUUUGGGAGAUUUGAGUGUGGAGAUAGAUGAGUUGAGUUCUUUUUCUAAGAGAUUGUCACCUAUACAGAAGAUUAGUGACCCAGGUACCAUUCUCACAGAGCUCAACUUGAGGGUGAUUCGACUACAGAACAUUCUUACUGAUCAAAUCUCCAUCCAUUAUUCAAGGGCAAGAUUAGUCAAUAUGGGAAUCAGUUUGGAAGAUCUUGUACACAACAGCAGUAAAGAAGAAGAGUUCCCUUCCGAAAGCAGUGGUAUCAAUAAUGCGACCGUCAAAAAUUACAAACAGUUUGUUAAUAAUCUACUUCAGCAGUUGAACAAAUGUGUCAGUACUAAUGAUACCAUUGGGGCAAUGGAAUGUAUUGCAAUUGUUAAUGAUGUGGAAAAGAUGUUCUUGACCAUGAAAGCUCAACGACAAGAGGAAACACAGAGAAAGAUUGAAGACAGAGAAAGGAAGCAGCGGCAGAAAGAAACAGACCAGUACGAGUUACAACGUGAGUUGACUCCACCUUCUUCUACAGGCGAAGAGGAAGAGAAGUUAAAGAAUGAAUCGCAUAGAAUGGAACCGGUUCUAGAGGAAAGUCCCGCUACGGAAGGGGAAGCAUCUAUAGACUCUGAUACAGAUUUAAACAAGGAAGACAGUGCGGAGAUAUCAUUUAAUGUGGAUGAAAGACGAAAGAGGCGCCUGAACAACGACAAAAUGUCGGUGAAUCUAGAAGAUUCUGUGUUACAUAAGACUACACUUGCUGAAAAGCUUCCGUUCUUGAUGUCAGCAUUUGACGAAGCGAAAGCUGCUGAAUUGGGAUUGAAAGAAGUAGUGUCACAUCAGUAUGAUGAUACCAAAACUGUGAACAAAAAGAGUAUCCCCUUGGUGAAUAAGAAGGCAGCACAUAAGUCAUACUUAGAAGAGAAGGAAGAGGAGAACAGAGAGGAAGAAGGUGACUAUCUUGAUGAGGAAAGCUUGGAAGAUUCCAAUGAACCUACAAUGAACAUUCCAUCAUACUUACCACCAUUGGGUAAGCCUUCUAUAUUGAACGCUUUCUUUCAGCCUAAAAUUAUGGAUCCUAUCUACAUUUCAACAUCUCAGCAAACGGAGGUUGAACAGAAGGCCGCUCAGGCUAAGCAUUCACGAUAUAUGAGAAGAUUGACAGGAUCGGCUGUGAAAGAAAAGCUUUUGAAAUAUCAACAGAAUGAACAGCUUCGGGAUCUUAGUCUUUCCACGGAUAAAUUGACGUCCAUCGAAGUUGGCAGAGGCAGAGUGAAAGAAACUGUGAAGGAGAUUGAGCAACAGUUACCUACAGGAGCUCUCCCGCCAUCUCCAGUGAGGGCAUCCGAUUCACAGGGUAAUACGAUAGGCGUUACUACUUCGGGAUCAGAGGGAGAUGCGGACGUCGCUGAAGAAUCUGUACCGACAGAAAUAAAACCUAUCAGAAGGGCAUUGUUCAUAGAAUCACUACGGCCACAAACUCUCCGGUGGGGCCUAGGUAAUCAGAAUCAAGGAGAGAAACUCAGCGACAACAAUAUCAAUAUAGAGGACACAGUGGAUUGA